ACUCCCGGUGAGCAAUUGAUUAAUUCGGCCAAAAGAAAAGAGUUCUGCCAGCUUUUGGCUGGGUCAGUUAGUUCGGCCUUGAAACUGCGAAAUGCUUGCCAUUGGAACUGCUUUGUUGACGGGGCUGGUGUUUUUGAUUGCUCUGUUCUAUGUUUGGAGUGCCGUUCGGUCCCGACAAUUGUACUGGUCCUGCCGGAAAAUUCCGUUCGUAGCUGGAAGUCAUUGGUUGUUCGGCAAUGUAGGGAGAAUAUGGCGUAGUGAGCACUCUUCGGUCAUUCUUCAACGAGUGUAUGAUGAACUUAAAGAGAGACGAUUUCCGGUUGGAGGUUUUAAUUUCUUUUUAACACCCUCGAUUUUGGUUGUUGACCCGGAACGAAUACGACGGAUAUUAGUGGAAGAUGAAUCGGUUUAUAAUAGCCCAAGGUUAUACAUCAACGAGAACAGUGAUCCUCUUAGUUGUACGACCUACAAUUCGGUCGGAGAUGGAUGGAGGAGUUCAAGAGAUAUACUAGGCCCUAUUCAAAAUGACGAGGUCCUGAAAAGAAUGUUUGCGGAUAUUGCUGCCGCUGCAAACGAGCUAAACGGUAUCAUCCGGAAAGAAAAACAAAAGAAUCGGAAGAAUUUGGAUAUCUUGGAUUUAAUGGAGCGUUAUGUGACCCAAACUAUUGGAACAAACAUUUUCGGAAUACGAUGCCGCACAAUUUCUAAUCCAAGGACAGAAUUCCAUUGUAUGAGUAGAGAAGCUUCAAGAUUCAAAUUGAUCCCGUUCAUCAAGCAGUGGUUUGCAUUCUCGUUUCCUUUCAUUUCUCGGAAGUUUGACUUGAAGAUUACUGAGAAAGCAGUUGAAAAAUUUUUCACCAGUAUCUGUCAGGCUACAGUCCUUCAUCGGGAAAGUUAUCAAAUACGCAGACAUGAUCUGUUGCAACAUUUUAUCCAAGUACGUCAACAGGAAAAAAUGACUCUGCGCCAGAUAACAGCUCAAUGUUACAGUUUUGCGCUAUACGGGAUUCAGCCUUGUUCUGCAACGAUGGCUUUUUGUUUGUAUGAAGUCGCAAACAACCCCGUUAUUCAAAAGCGUCUCAGGGAAGAGAUUUUUAACGCUCUGAAGGAAACAGAUGGACAGCUAACGUUUGAAUUGAUCUCAUCCCUGACAUAUCUGGAUCAAGUACUCCGCGAAACACUACGGAAAUACCCACCGGUAGAUUUCAUUUAUCGCAGAUCCAGCCAGACCCAUGACAACGUUCCCGGAGGAACGCCCUUCAUCAUUCCGAUCUACGCCUUGCAUCACGAUUCGGAUCACUUUCCAUCUCCGGAGCAGUUCAAUCCGGACCGUUUUUCCCCAGACCGCUGUACCAAAAGCUGGCCUACGUUCAGCUAUCUUCCGUUUGGAGCUGGCCAGCGAAGCUGUGUCGGAGCCCGGUUUGCUCCGAUGAUUUGCAAGAUUGGCUUGGUGACCUUGAUACGUAGCUUUCGGUUUUCGCUAACUGAUAACGAUAAAGGCGCAGGAGUGUGUUUAAUGCCCAAUGCGAGGGUACUGAGACCUGCGGAAGGCACUUUACGGCUGAAGGUUGAUAGAGUUCGAUCAUUCUAG